AGUAAAAGAAAAACACAAAGCAACACCCACCGUCAUUUCAGCCAAACACCCACCUCACACCACGUCUGCAUUUCUUCUUCUUCUUCUUCUUCGUGUUCACCCCCAAAAUAAAAUAAAAAAACCCAGAUCGAUCUAUCUAUCUAUCCUUUUUGUUGGAUCAAAAUCAAAUCAAAUCAUUCGUAACAAAGAAAGACAGGUUUUUAUUUAAUCAAUUCAAGAAGAUUAAAAUAAAAAUAAAAAAUGGAUCUAUUAUCUUCACCAGAUGAGCUACAAUUUCUAUCAACAAAAGACAUCCUUAAAGAAUCAAUCUCAAUCCCAAAACAAUCCCCACAAACAUUUUACUAUAUUACUUUAUCCUUAAUCUUCCCAUUAUCCUUUGCAAUUUUAGCUCAUUCCCUUUUUACCCACCCAUUAAUUACCCAAAUCCAAGACCCAUAUUCCAAUUCCCACACUUCUCAAUGGACAAAACUGUUAAUUUUCCAAUUUUCUUACCUUCUUUUUCUCUUCAUUUUCUCACUUUUAUCCACCGCCGCCGUCGUCUUCACCGUCGCUUCUUUAUACACUUCGAAACCCGUUUCUUUCGCCGCCACAAUGUCGGCCAUUCCCUCGGUUUUCAAAAGGUUGUUUAUUACUUUCUUAUGGGUUGGUUUGACUAUGGUUGUUUAUAAUAUUGUUUUUUUAGGUUUUGUUGUGUUGUUGCUUGUUGCUAUUGAUACCCAGAACAUAAUCUUGUUUUUUGUUUCCUUGUUUUUGGUUUUUGUUAUGUUUGUCGGUGUUCAUGUUUAUAUAACUGCUGUGUGGCAUUUAGCAAGUGUGAUAUCUGUUUUAGAGAAUGUAUACGGUUUCGAAGCGAUGAAAAAAGGUUUCCAGAUUUUGAAAGGGAAAACCAAGAUGGGUUUUGUGCUUGUUUUGGUUUAUUUUGUGAUUUGUGGGGCGAUUAACGGGUUGUUUGGCGCGAUUGUUGUUCACGGUGGGGACUACUAUUACGGUGUUUUUUCGCGGAUUAUUGUUGGCGGGUUUUUAGUUGGGGUGCUUGUGAUUGUUAAUUUGGUUGGUUUGUUGGUUCAAAGCGUGUUUUAUUACGUUUGUAAAAGCUAUCAUCAUCAGGGUAUCGAUAAGAAUGCCUUGUAUGAUCAUUUGGGUGGUUAUCUUGGCGAGUACGUGCCUCUUAAAAGCAGCAUUCAGUUGGAAAGCUUGGAAUGAUGAUAAUACGGAUGAAACGUCGUCUACUGCUACGGUACCAACACUAUACUAGGCUUGUUGUUUGUUUUAAAUUUUAUUGUGUAUCAAGAAUCGGAAAAAGAUAUAGUUAGAUUUGGAUAUGUAAAUUUGGAAUACUUUGGUAUGAGUAAGACUUUUAUUAUGUUUCUAUUUUAGGAAUAAUAGUCAUUGCUUCCUCUGAAGAGGAUCGACUAGUGUUUAUUCCUUUAUGUUUGUAUCCUUUUAUAUGAUCAUUAGCAAUGAAUGCAAAUCUAAGACACCGGUUGAAAAUA